AUUGAAGAAAAUUCAACCAAACCAGUCGAUAAGCUCCGCAAUGAUGCUAUAUACCACAGGGAGCAGCGCCAAAUUAUGUCUGAAAGGGGAACCAUUCUCUACCAGGAAGGUAAACCAGCUCAGGCAAGAGUUUGUUUUGAUCACUCCAAACAGCAUCAGAAACUUGCAGUUGACGCUAAUAAGAGUGCUGUGGAGCUCAUCCUGAAGGAAAACGCGAUGCAAAUAAGGGAUGACAAUACGCUAGAUUUACAUCGUCUCUUUACCCAUGAGGCAGUGGAGGAGGCGGGGAGAUUCAUUGAUCAUAAGAUCAAAAGUCUCCCCUUCCUUCAAAAACAUAAAAUGGAGGUCCACAUCAUUACUGGCAGGGGGCUACAUAGCGAUAACGGAAAGGCCAAAAUAAAACCUGCCGUAAUGAAAAUGCUGCAGGACAAGAACAUAGAGUGGACAAAUCCUUUUUGUGAAAACUUAACCUUAGUCAUGGAUUCUGAUGCUUCACCUUCUGGAAUCUCCUUCGAUGAAAAUACUGAGAAUUUUUGCGAUAAUCCAACAAGAGAUAUUUUAGCGGAAGGUUUGAUGGGUUUAAUCAAACCAACUGUAGAUCAAUUAGAUGAAAGAGUGAAAUUGACUAGAUUAUCUCAGUUAGCUUUGAAGGAUUCCAUCGACACGGUUCAUGAUGAAAUAAAAAAAAUUAUAGAUGCUCAGUAUUUAUCAAAUAUAGAUUUAGAUAGCUAUGUUAAGAAGUUGUACAAUACUAAACAGAGAGUAACAGUCCUUACAAACAUCUUGCAAAAUGCCCAAGAUCGAUUAAACAGAAUUCAUCUUCAGAUUGAGAAAGAAACAUCUAGGAAAUCUGUGAAGGAAAAUUUGGAAAUUUAAAAAUGGAGCUAAAAACUGCCAAAUAUGAUCUUAAGUCAUAUUCAAAUGUAUAUGAACCUAGAGAAGAUUCAUUUCUAAUGUUAGAUGCUUUAGAAUUGGAAAUUACAUUCUUGAAUAAUUUAAAGCCAGUAUUUGCUCUCGAAGUUGGAUCUGGAAGUGGAGUGAUUAUCACAUCCUUGGCCUGUGUUCUUGAACAAUGUGUGUAUUUUGCUAUUGAUAUCAAUGAUCAGGCUUGUCUGGCCACAAAAAACACCUCCCAGCUUAACCAGUGCAAUAUUGAAGUUUUGAAUUCAAAUUUAACAGAUGGACUCAAAGAUUGUUUGUUUGAUUUAGUGAUCUUCAAUCCUCCUUAUGUUGUUACUGAUCCGGGGGAAUAUGAGAAGGGAAUGAUAAAUAAAGCUUGGGCAGGAGGAGUUUCAGGUAGAAACAUAAUAGAUGAAUUCAUCGAUAAACUUCCAAAUGUACUUUCUGAAUCUGGUGUUUGUUAUCUUCUUUUGUUGAAAGAGAAUGAUAUAAAUGCAAUUCAGAAAAUUUUAGGCAAAUUGAAUUUCACAAGUGAGAUUAUUUUAGAGCGGAAAAUUGUUGGUGAACAUUUAUUUAUUAUGAAAAUUCGAAAAAUAAGAGGAAUGAAUAAAUGUGAUUUGGUGAUUGAACUAAAAUGAGAAAAUGUUUUUUUCCCUCUACUUGCUACAACCUUUAUCAUUUGAAUAUUCAAAGAAAAAGCAGUAAUUUUCGAAAUUUUCCUUACAACAUAUAGGUAUUCUGUAAAUUAGCAUAUAAGUUUCAUUUAUCACAAAUGGUCUAGCUGGUUCUUUUGUAAUUGGGUAUUUUAGAUAAAUAAUAAUUGUUUUUGAAUAGUUCCAAUUUUGUAACAGUAGAAUAAAAUCACAAAUAUAAAUUUCAAACAUA